AUGGCAUUAAGCAACACAAAUAACAUCAAUAUUGAAACGAAGACUUAAAAACAGUUUAGGUCCAUUCUUUAGAAGCAAACCACUAACCCGAAGAAGCCUCUCAGUUCCAACAGAGGACAGUUCAAUCAAACGCAAGCGAAAUUCUCAGAUAUAUUUAUUCCUGACUUUAAGAAUGUGCAAUUAUUGAGUGACAAGCUAGAAAGUUUCUUGUGCAGUAAAGAAAAAUAGAAACAAAAUCUCAGAGAUUUAAUUCUUCCCAUAAGGGAGAAGAGAAGCGCUCUGCCAAGUCACGAAAGUAGUCAUAUUAGGUUAGCUCCAGUGAAGUAAAUUAGAGGUUCGACCUAGUCAUCAUACAUUAAGCUUACUGAAAAUCAAUCAGUAUUUGGCUCUGCUAAGUAAAGUUUAGACCUAGGUAAAUAUUUCCCAUACUAGGAUAACAAAUCUCGGCUUCUCAGAUAAAUAAACACCUCCAAAAAUAAUAACAACAACUAGUUUACAAAUGAAAGCAGUGAUGAGGAGGUGGUGUUCAAUAAUAUCUCGCAUAGAGACAAUAGUGAUUAAUAAAAAUCAAAGUUAAAUAUUCCUCAAAUGAGCCAAGAGUUAGAUCAUAAAACCUCUAAUAUUAUGUAGCUUUACUUUAAAAAUUGUAGUGGAUUUUAUAAUAAUGGAGGUAGCAAAAAGCAGGCAUCUCCUUCAUUAUAACAUAAAAUGCAGAGGAAUAAAGAUAAAAUAUUGCAUAAAAGCAUACGUGAUGCUUCUGAAUUCCUUGAAAAUUAUAAUAAGUCUAUGUAGUUGAAUAUAAAGCAAUAGGAAUUAAACUAUCUUGAAUCAGAUUAGAUAAUCUUGGAGUCGUCAGAAAGAUAAAAUUCUACCUAAAAUAGUAAUCUUAAAAGACUCAGAGGUUCUUAUCAUCCUUAAGAUAUACCAACAAUAAAUUAACUAUAGCGAGAACACUAAAAAAUUCUAAAGGUGAUGAAGGGCAAUGAUAAAUUUAUUUAAAGUGUUAAUGUCUCCCCUAAUAAGAGCACACCUCAAACAAAAAGAGAUAACCAAUUAAAUAGAAACAAUAAGACCUCAUAAUAGAGCUUAUCAAGCCUAAGUGUUAAAGACAGAAAUAGGACGCAGUUUUAAAGAAGAAAAUAAAGUGUGCCUUAAGAUUAGUAGAAUAAGAAUCAGGAAAAAAUCUAGAUGUUUGAGGAAUAAUAGAGAAUCAUGCUUAUUCAAGAAUUACCAAGAGCUAAAUAUCCUGAUAUAUUAGUAAUUGAAAAGUCGAAUUCCUAAGAACCCUUAAAUAGUUAUUUUCAAAUUCCUGAUUCGAAGCAAUACAAAAGAAAAAGAUUCAUAAGACAACAGCAAACAUACGAGGAAGUGAACCCACCUAAGUCUUUGAUUUACCGAAAUGAUUAAAAGUUAUUGGAUGAGGUUACUUAAAGCUUAGAAUUUUUCAAAAGAUCUAAGUAGUCCCUACAAGUAUCUCAUUAAAAUAGUAAAGAUUUAACUCCUAAGAGUGCAGCUUCUUUUCUAAUUGAUAAAGAUGCAAUGAAGAGCAAAUUCAACUUCCAAGAGAAAGUAGAGGUGAAGGUGAAGAGUCCGUCUAAGAAAUCUCAAACCAGAAGAGAUUAUCAGCCUAAGAGAGAUAUUUUACCUGAAAUUGCGGAUGUCCGAUCUUCAAGGCAGCAAUCAAUACAAAAAGGAGAGCAAAUAAAUAAAAUAUUAAACUUUGGAUAAAGCGUAGACUAGCAAUUGCAGAUAAUGAAUUAGAAAAUUGACAAUAUAUAUCAAAAGAUGAUACCAUAGAUGCGAAGAGGCUCCGAGAUUGGAUUUACUAAGAAUAAGGUUGUUCAAUUUGCUUUACCCUCGUCAUCAUGA